GGCCUUCUCGCUUCGCGUUUCGCUUCCGAAACCACAACCGGAUUUUUUUCUAUGUUCGUCGAUUGUAGUGGUUGAUCGGGUCUUUUUUCUUUGAUAACCGGUGGAUCCAAUCGAUUCUGGAUCCGAUCUGUUUACUCUUCUGCUGUGCGUAGCUGAAUUUUCUGCAGAGGAGUUCUAGUGAAUCUCUGAAUCGUCUCUGCGGAUGCAAUUGAGCUCUUCAGAUUCGUGAGUUGUUUCAUUGAUCUUCGAGGACCGUCAGAGAGAUCGAAAUGUUACGCGCGAGAGCAUUUCGGCAGACCAAUGGUAAGAUCGUGAAGAUUCAGGUGCAUCCCACGCAUCCGUGGAUUGUUACGGCCGAUGAUACGGAUCACGUCUCCGUCUGGAACUGGGAGCAUCGUCAGGUGAUUUAUGAAUUGAAAGCCGGUGGAGUCGACGAGCGCCGUUUAGUUGGUGCUAAGUUAGAGAAGCUUGCUGAGGGAGACUCCGACUAUAAAGGCAAGCCUACUGAAGCUAUUCGAGGGGGAAGUGUCAAGCAGGUGAAGUUUUACGACGAUGAUGUGCGUUAUUGGCAACUGUGGCGCAAUCGCUCUGCAGCUGCUGAAUCUCCAUCUGCUGUCAAUCAUCUCACGUCCGGUUUCACUUCUCCUGCUCCGUCGACUAAAGGCCGGCAUUUUCUGGUUAUCUGUUGUGAGAAUAAAGCCAUUUUCUUGGACUUAGUGACAAUGCGUGGCCGAGAUGUGCCUAAGUCAGAGCUUGACAAUAGGUCACUUCUCUGCAUGGAGUUCCUUACCAGAUCAUCUGGUGGUGAUGGCCCUUUAGUUGCAUUUGGUUCAACUGAUGGUGUCAUUAGGGUUUUAUCAAUGAUAACAUGGAAGCUUGCGCGUAGAUAUACUGGUGGCCAUAAAGGAUCAAUUUAUUGCUUGAUGAAUUUCAUGGCAUCAUCUGGCGAGGCACUCCUCGUUUCAGGUGGCAGUGAUGGGUUACUUGUACUGUGGAGUGCCGAUCAUGGCAGUGAUUCAAGGGAACUAGUACCCAAGCUCAGCUUAAAGGCACAUGAUGGUGGAGUAGUGGCUGUUGAGUUGUCACGGGUAAGUGGCAGUGCUCCACAAUUGAUUACAAUCGGUGCUGACAAGACAUUGGCUAUAUGGGACACAAUGACAUUUAAGGAGCUACGGAGAAUUAAACCUGUCCCGAAGCUAGCUUGCCACAGUGUUGCAUCUUGGUGUCACCCUCGCGCCCCAAACCUUGAUAUUUUGACAUGCGUUAAAGAUUCACACAUAUGGUCUAUUGAGCAUCCAACUUAUUCGGCUUUGACAAGGCCAUUAUGUGAACUUUCUUCCUUGGUUCCGCCUCAAGUACUUGCAACCCACAGAAAACUUAGGGUCUAUUGUAUGGUUGCACAUCCUCUUCAGCCACAUCUCGUCGCAACUGGUACCAAUGUUGGUAUUAUAGUUAGUGAAUUUGAUCCUCGUGCCAUCCCGUCUGCAGCCCCUCUACCGGCACUGUCUGGAAGUCGGGAGAAUUCAGCUGUAUAUAUCCUUGGAAGAGAAUUAAAGCUCUUAAACUUUCAAAUAUCCAACACAGCCAACCCAUCCCUUGGAAAUAAUAGUGCCUUAUCCGAAUCAGGAAUGUCUAAGGGAGACUCAGGUGAACAGUUGACUGUAAAGCAGACUAAAAAGCAGAUUGUGGCACCUGUUCCACAUGAUUCAUACUCGGUUCUUUCUGUAAGCAGUUCAGGAAAGUAUGUGGCAGUUGUAUGGCCUGAUAUCUUGUACUUCUCUAUCUACAAGGUUAGUGACUGGACCAUUGUAGAUUCUGGAAGUGCAAGACUUUUGGCUUGGGAUACAUGUCGAGAUAGAUUUGCGAUACUAGAAUCUGUAUUACCUCAAAGGAUGCCUAUAAUCCCAAAGGGUGGUUCAUCAAGGAAGGCGAAAGAAGCCGCUGCAGCCGCAGCUCAAGCCGCCGCUGCUGCUAAUGCAGCUUCAUCAGCUAGUGUUCAAGUUCGUAUUCUCUUGGAUGAUGGAACCUCAAACAUUCUCAUGAGAUCUGUAGGAGGUCGCUCUGAACCGGUCAUUGGACUGCAUGGUGGUGCUCUACUUGGAAUAGGCUAUCGUACAUCCCGAAGGAUUAGUCCUGUUGCUGCUUCAGCUAUUUCAACCAUUCAGUCGAUGCCACUCUCAGGAUUUGGAAACAGUAAUGUUUCUUCGUUUUCCAGCUAUGAUGAUGGUUCUUCGCAGAGAUCUACCGAGUCCGCACCCCUAAACUACCAGCUCUACAGUUGGGAAAAUUUUGAGCCAGUAGGUGGUAUGCUAACUCAGCCAGAGUGGACGGCGUGGGACCAAACAGUUGAGUAUUGUGCUUUUGCUUAUCAAAAAUACAUGGUCAUAUCGUCGUUGCGCCCUCAGUAUAGAUAUCUUGGUGAUGUUGCCAUUUCACAUGCUACUGGAGCUGUUUGGCACCGCAGACAGCUGUUUGUGGCUACACCAACCACAAUUGAAUGUGUUUUUGUGGAUGCGGGAGUUUCUGAAAUUGAUAUAGAGACUAUGAAGAUGAAGGAAGAAAUUAAACUUAAGGAGGCACAGGCUAGAGCAGUUGCAGAGCAUGGUGAGUUAGCCUUAAUCACAGUAGAGGGUGCCCAGAGUGCCAAGCAAGAAAGGAUAUUAUUGAGGCCCCCGAUGUUGCAGGUGGUACGUUUAGCUUCUUUCCAAAACGCUCCAUCUGUUCCACCAUUUUUAUCAUUGCCGAGACAAUCUAGAGGUGAUGGUGAUGACAUGGAUGAAAGAAGGGCCAGCGAGGUAGCUGUAGGUGGUGGUGGAGUCUCAGUUGCUGUUACUCGUUUCCCAGUGGAGCAGAAACGACCAGUGGGGCCUCUUGUUGUUGCUGGUGUACGGGAUGGAGUUUUGUGGCUCAUCGACAGGUACAUGUGUGCCCAUGCCAUAUCAUUGAGCCAUCCUGGUAUCCGUUGUCGCUGUCUUGCUGCAUACGGGGAUGCUGUUAGUGCAGUUAAAUGGGCAAGUAGACUUGGGAGAGAACAUCAUGACGAUCUUGCACAGUUUAUGUUAGGGAUGGGAUAUGCAACAGAAGCUCUUCAUUUGCCUGGAAUAUCUAAGAGGCUGGAGUUUGACUUAGCAAUGCAGAGCAAUGAUCUGAAGAGGGCUCUUCAUUGUCUUCUCACAAUGAGUAAUAGCAGGGACAUUGGACAGGACGGUUUAGGGCUGGAUUUGAGUGACAUUCUCUCUUUGACAGCUGAGAAGAAAGAAGACGUUGUUGAAGCUGUGGAGGGAAUAGUGAAAUUCGCGAAGGAGUUUCUCGACCUUAUAGAUGCUGCAGAUGCCACUGGGCACGCUGACAUAGCUCGCGAAGCCCUAAAAAGACUAGCCACUGCAGGUUCGGUCAAAGGCGCUUUACAGGGUCACGAGUUGCGAGGCCUUGCAUUACGCCUAGCAAACCAUGGAGAAUUGACACGCUUAAGUGGUCUGAUAAACAAUCUGAUCUCCAUAGGCCUCGGGCGAGAAUCAGCAUUUGCUGCUGCAGUUCUGGGUGACAAUGCGCUUAUGGAGAAGGCAUGGCAAGACACGGGAAUGCUCGCAGAAGCUGUGCUUCAUGCCCAUGCACAUGGUCGUCCAACUCUAAAGAACUUGGUCCAGGCUUGGAAUAAAACACUACAGAAGGAAGUUGAGCAAGCUCCAUCUUCUAAGACAGAUGCUGCAAGUGCGUUUUUGGCCUCGCUUGAGGAUCCAAAGCUCACGAGUUUAUCUGAUGCAUCCAAAAAGCCUCCAAUCGAGAUUCUCCCUCCCGGAAUGUCUUCAAUCUUUGCUUCCAUCUCUGCUCCCAAAAAACCUCUACCCGCACUGAAGCCGCAAGAACCAACUAAGCCAUUGGCUAUUGAAGAACCAGCUAAGCCGUUGGCUAUUGAAGCUCCUCCAUCUUCUGAGCAACCACAGACCGAGUCAGCGCCUGAAACUGCAGCUGAUCCUGAGUCAGCUGCACCGGAAACUGCAGCUGCUUCUGAGUCAGCAGCACCAGAAACUGCAGCUGUUUCCGAGUCAGAAGCACGAGAAACUGCAGCUGGUUCUGAAUCAGCAGCACCGGAAACUGCAGCUGUUGCUGAGACAGCAGAACAUGUGGAUAAACCAGUGACAGAGACAGUAUCUGAGCCUCUUGUAGUCGAGGAAACACCUUCGGAAGAAAAAAGUGAACCGUCUUCAACUCCAAACACAGAAACAGCUCUAGACGCCACAGAGGAUAAUAGCCAAACAAUUCCACCGCCACCGCCGCCUGAACCCGUUACAACAGCAGUGAAACCAACAGAGAAUGCAGCAACCGGAAGGCAGCAAGUAACCUAUCCUCCAAUAAGAAGCCAACCAAUUGACUUUGGUUUCUAGGAUGGCUAAAGCCAAGUUUGCACAGAAGAUCCCAAAACCAAAGACAACGGGUAUGUAUAUCGUUUUAGGUGUACAUCCAUAAUCAAGCUUCGUGGCCAUAUUGAGUAGAGGAAGAAGACGAUGCUAUUCAUCACAGUAUCUGCGUGUCUUAAUUUGGUUAUAUUUUGUAAUGUGUCAUUUUCGUUUUCGUAUUUGUUGGUUUGUAUUACUAUUAAACAAAAGAAAAACUCUCUGAGGUACGUUUAUGUGAAGCGUGUAAACUGAUCGAAAGAGAUUUGGUUGGUUUGAUAAACGUUAUAUAUAUAUUUUUAUUUGAUUUAA